AUGGCUGAGAGAAAGAAGCCUUCAGGAGCUCAAUAUCGUAAACGAAAAGUUGAACAGCAGAGGGAACAAGAAAAACAGAAGGGUUCAUUGCUAAAGUUUAUAUGCCGACAAGACUCUACUAAAGAGGAUAGUAAUGGUGAACAGAUUCCCACUGAUAUGGAAGCUGAAGAAAUAUCUAAUGUUGUUGAUAAUGAUAAUGUGAUGAUGAGUGAAACACUUUCUUACUCAACAGUUUCCGUUUCCCAUGCAGAUAAUGGCCAAUUGAAUAAUUCUCUCGAGGAACAUGUACAGCAAGCAAGUGAAGAAAAAACGGAUAAUGUUAUUCCACAGGAUCCAGCACUUUGGCCUCUACUAAUUAAUCAUAAUACACGUGCAAUCAUUGUAGAACGUGGACCUCAGCAAAUAAAAGAUAUCAGUUUCCCAAAUGAUAAGAACAAUCGAAAGUUUUCAGUAUUUCACUACUUAAGAAAACUUCCUAAUGGAGAAGAAUUAUGUCGCAGCUGGCUCUUGUAUUCAGUAUUAAAAGACUCAGUGUUUUGUUUCUGUUGCAAACUGUUCAGUAUGAAAUCAAUUAGCAUAUCAUCACUAACUCAUACAGGUUCAAGUGACUGGAAAAACAUGGCGGCAAUUCUUUCUUCCCACGAGAAAACUCCUGAACAUUUGCAGAACAAUCAAAAGUGGAAAGAACUAUAUCAGCGAUUACAGAGGGAUAGUACAAUAGAUGCAGAAAUUUUGCGCAAGAUGAAGAAUGAAGAAAAGUAUUGGCAGCAAAUACUAAAGCUUUUAAUAGCAUUAGUGAGAGUUUUGGGUGAACAGAAUCUAGCUUUUUGCGGUACAAAUGAAACAUUGUACAGUGCCAAUAACGGGAAUUUUUUAAAAUUUGUGCAAUACUUAGCCAUUUUUGAUCCAUUAAUGAACGAACAUCUACGAAAGAUAUCAAAUAAAGAGCUUCAUACACACUAUCUUGGCAAAGAUAUACAAAAUGAACUUAUUCAACUGUUAGGAAAUGCUAUUAAGAAAGAAAUCAUACAAACAGCAAAUGCAAUGAAAUAUUUUUCAAUAGUUCUCGAUGGUACUCCUGACUGUAGCCAUGUUGAGCAAAUGACAAUAAUUAUUCGUUUUGUUAAAGCUUUGUACCUUUAA